CGCCCACUGCCCCUCAGUUAGAGUCACCAUGAUCUCCGCAGUGCUGGCGUCCGUGCUCAUUGCUAGCGCCCUGGGGUGCGGCGUCCCCUCCAUCGAGCCCUCCACUCUCCGCGUGGUCAAUGGAGUCGAUGCCAUUCCCCACAGCUGGCCCUGGCAGAUUUCUCUGCAGUACAACAGGGACGGAGAGUGGAGGCACACGUGUGGAGGAUCUCUGAUUGCUCCCAACUGGGUCAUGACUGCAGCUCACUGCAUCAACGAUCAGCUCUCCUACAGAGUGUUUGUGGGCAAGCACAACCUGGUGGAGGAGGAGGGCGGCGCCAAGGCCAUCCUGCCCGAGAAGAUCGUGGUCCACGAGAAAUGGAACCCCGUGUUCGUGGUGUUCGGUAACGACAUCGCUCUGAUCAAGCUGUCAGAGUCUGUGACUUUGAGUGACCACAUCCAGUUGGCGUGUAUCCCUCCCGCGGACACUCUGCUCACCAACCUCUACCCCUGCUACAUCACUGGCUGGGGCAGACUGUACACCGGAGGCCCCAUCGCUGAUAAGCUGCAGCAGGCUCUGAUGCCUGUGGCCGACUAUGACACCUGCACACGGUUCGACUGGUGGGGUCCGGCCAUCCGCGACACCAUGGUGUGUGCUGGUGGAGACGGCGUCGUCGCUGGAUGCAAUGGUGACUCAGGCGGCCCGCUCAACUGUAAGAACGCGGAGGGAACCUGGGAGGUGCACGGCAUCGCCAGCUUUGUCUCCGGCCUUGGCUGCAACUUCAUCAAGAAACCCACCGUCUUCACCCGAGUGUCUGCCUUCAACGACUGGAUCGACCAGGCGAUGAUUAACAACUGAAAAUAAACAGAUGGAACUCGCCGUGCGUGUGAUUUAUUCAGUGUCCAGACCCAUAGUGCCGCCUAACGUCCAGCAGGUGUCCUCAGACGCUCAUAACAGGAAAUUGGUGUCCAACUCAGGAUGGUCUGCUCCCUCAG